CUUUCGCUGCUUCUAAAUUCUUCUUUUUUUUUUCUCUCUCUCUCUGUGAAACAAAUUUUGAAAGAGACAGAGACAGAGUCAGAGGCACAAUACAAAUCCCUAAAAACAUCACAAAUCUCCAGGUCUUUUUUAAUUACUACUACUAUUCCGAACCCAUUAAUUAAUAAAAUAAUAACUAAAUUCCAAAAAAGAAACAGAACUCAUAUAUCUCAGUCUCAGAGUCUCUCUCAGAUUCAUCAAUUUCAAUUUCAAAAAAACAAUACACGAUUUGCUCUCUGAUUCCCUCGGCGCAUGGACGGUUCUUAUUCAUCUCCAUCGAUCUCAACGGGCUGGGCAUUAUGAGUUGUUAUCGCAACAACAAACUCGACUCGUCGUUGUCGUCUCCGCGUUUUAGUUAUCAUGGGCUGCGGACCCUCCAAGGUUGACGACCUGCCGUUGGUCACUCUCUGCAAGGAACGGAGGGACUUCAUCAAAACGGCGUCGCAUCACCGCUAUGCUCUCGCGGCUUCGCACGUCGCCUACUUCCAGUCCCUCAAGAACAUCGGCGACGCCUUGCGUCAAUUCGUCGACGAAGAGCUCGUCAUCGGCACCGACUCUCCCGGUUCUCCGGUCCUCACAUUGCCCUCCGACCAAGGCAAGAAGAAAAAGUCCAAAAAACUAAACGACUCGUCGUCGACUUCGAUUUCUCUCAGCCACAGUCCCAAAGACGACGACGACGACGACAUUGACAUUGACAUUCACGAUUCGCAUUUGCACUUAUCGUCGGAUUCGGAUCAGGAUUCCGGGUCGGGUCAUAUCCACAUUCACGAUCACACUAGCCCAGAAGAAGAACAAGAACAACAGCAGCAACCGGGUUUUUAUUACUCACCUCCUCCCACGAAUUAUUGGGCUCCGCCUGAAGAUUAUCAGUACCCGUAUCCUGCUGCUGCUCCGAAUUGGGGUCCGACCGGGUCGACUUCUUAUGCGUAUUACAUGAAAAGCUCCGCCCCGCAAGUACAGUCUGUGGUGAUGGAGGACCCGGAGAGAUACCCGGUGUCAAAUGGGCAAUUUUCCGAUUCGGGUUACGGGUAUUCGGGUUAUGGGAAUAAUGGGUUUUUCGGGUUUUCGAUGGGUGGUUCGCCGGCGAAUGAUCCUCGGAAUAAUCGGGAUCAGCAACCGAGUAAGCCGGCUCCUCCGCCUUCGCCGCCGAGGGUUUCCACUUGGGAUUUCCUCAACGUGUUUGAUAGUUAUGAUAAUAGUGGUUACCCGGCUUAUUAUCCCCAGGCCCGGUUCGGAUUCGGGUCGUCCACGAGUAGUCCGGACUCGAAGGAAGUGAGGGCAAGAGAGGGGAUUCCUGAUUUGGAAGAUGAAAUGGAGCCAGAAGUAGUUAAGGAAGUUCAUAAGGAGAGGAAGAAGAUGAAAGAGGAAGUUAAUAUGACUAAUAGGAAUGUGAAUUUGAAUAAUAAGAAUAAUAGGAAUAAGAAUAGGAAUAUGAAUGUGAAUGCUGGUGAAGGAACUUCAAGGGGUGUGCCAUUGCCAUCACAUGUUGGUUCAGGAAGCUCAAGCACAAUACCAUUACAUAGUAGUGGUGAUAGUUCACUACACUCGAGCUCGGCCCAAGGAAAAGAUGUGAAGAGUAGUAGUCCUGAUACAAUCGUGUCGAUAUCAUCCGAACCCGAGUCUUCGGGAAAGAAAGGAGUGAGAUUUGGUGUUGAUGAAGCAUCCCCGAUAGAUGCAGGGUCUUCCAAGAUAAGUAGCUUGACCACAUUGUCGAACCAUGGCUCGAGGGACCUUCGGGAAGUUGUGAGGGAAAUCAGGGAUGAAUUUGAGACUGCCUCUAGUUAUGGGAAAGAGGUUGCCCUGUUGCUUGAGGUGGGCAAGCUGCCUUACCAGACUAAAGGCACUGCACUUAAAGUGAUCUUUUCUAGGAUCUGCUAUCUGGUUGCACCAUCCAUGUUUUCUUCACAACCUCCGACCAGAUCAUCAGUAAGAAUAUCUAAAAGGACUAUGAAAAUGGCGAAAGCAUACUAUGGGGAAUCUGUGAAGGACUUCAACAUGAAGCCUGGAAACCUUUCAUCAACUUUGGAUAAACUUUACGCCUGGGAGAAGAAGCUAUAUAAGGAAGUUAAGGAUGAAGAAAGGCUGCGGCUCACUUACGAAAAAAAGUGCAAGAGACUAAAAUUUCUAGAUGACCGAGGAGCGGAGACCGGUAAGAUUGAUGCUGCUCAGGCUUCAAUAAGAAAGUUGCUGACAAAAAUCAAUGUUUGUAUAAGAGCUGUUGAUUCUAUCUCAAGCAGAAUAAAUAAGUUGAGAGAUGAAGAACUCCAGCCCCAACUCACUCAAUUGAUUCAUGGAUUGAUAAAAAUGUGGAAGUCCAUGCUUAAGUGCCACCAGAAACAGUUCCAAGCUAUCAUGGAGAGCAAAGUUCGCUCUCUUAAAGCGAACACAAGCUCCCACAGAGAUUCAGGUUUGAAAGCUACUCUUGAACUUGAAAUGGAGCUUCUGAAUUGGUGCUCCCGCUUUAACAAUUGGAUUAACACCCAGAAAUCUUAUGUCAAGUCCUUAAAUGGGUGGCUUUUAAGGUGCCUUAACCAAGAACAAGAAGAAACACCUGAUGGACCUGCCCCUUUUUCCCCAGGCCGAAUUGGAGCUCCUCCAGUUUUCAUAAUUUGCAAUGAUUGGUACCAGGCAAUGGAAGGAAUUUCAGAAAUAAAAGUAGCAAAUUCCAUGCAUGGAUUUGCCGUAAGCUUACGCCAGUUAUGGGAAAGGCAAAAUGAGGAGCAACGCCAGAAGAUUGAAGCAGAAUUUCUCUCAAAAGAUUUUGAGAAACAGCUUAGAACCUUACGCAUGGAGACAGGGAAGAUGGAGCUUGACCAUGACACAGUGUCGGAUAAAACUGCUGUGUCAAAGGUUCCUUCCGAAAGUGGAAUUUCACCUUUGGAUGAUUUAAAGGUGGAUUUGGAUUCGAUGAAGAAAAAACUUUAUGAAGAGAGAGCCAAGCAUAAGGAAACCAUUAGAUGGGUUCACGAUGCAGCUUCUAAUAGUGUAAAAGCAGGUUUGGUUCCAAUUUUUGAGGCUUUGGAGAAUUUCACUUCGAAGGCUUUGAAAGCUCAUGAGCAGGUCAGACUUCCAAAUGCUGGUGGUUCUUAAGGGAAUGUGUACUUCUAUGUAUUACCUUCAGACACAGAAGUUGGGUCCUAAUUGGGAGUGAGUCCGGCCUCUUUAUGUACAGUUGUUGCCAUGAAAUCAUGCACGUUUAGAAUGGUUAGGUUGUCAGGGAGAGAGAGAGAGAGAGAGGUGUUAUACAACUGAAUGUUAGGCACAGUAGGAAGCAACUUUGAGAACAUGCUGAAAAGUGAGGGCUUGUAGAAUUGGUAACAAUGUGAAAUGGUUGGUAGAAAAAAAGUUUGUGUGGUGGAUCCUUGGAAAUGCUUCGAACAUGUUACUCAUGUUGAAUUUUGGUUCUGCAAUAACCCCUAAAUAGAUAGGUAGGAAUUUUGUACAGAAAUUUAUUUAUUGGUUGAUUGGUUAUCGGUGGCUGUAUUGAUUGUUUUUGGAAUGUCUAGGAGGAGGUUAUCAAUUAGGUUUACUGGAUAAAAGUAUUGAAUGAUCUGUCUCGUAAUGAAUAUAAUCUUAUUAUGAAUUAUCUAUCUUAUAAUGAAUGGAAGUCUGUUUUCUCAUUA